AGCAAGUGCUCCGUGCAAAAAACGGCCGUAGAUGUGCUCAUUCGGCUAAGUGUUUACCAGGGUAAGGACAGCAUUGAUGCUUGCAAUGGCGCGACGACGCGUCGCGGCUCUCGCGGUGCUCACACAUUGCGUAACUGCACUACUGCUACCUCGAGCCCCAGUGCGCGUGCACACCGUAGCCCUGCGUGCGGCGCCGCAAAAAUACGACGAAACCACCGCGCCGCUCGCCGAGACGCUGCGCAGCUCCGAGUUUGCGGCUGCGGCAGCGACCGGCGCGAAAGCAUUGGCGCCGAGCGUCGGCCUCGCCAUCGUAGGCACGAUCGCCUUCGGGCCGCUGGCCAUAUGGCUGCGAUCCUUCAUCAACGGCGAGGGCCUCGCGGUCCUGGCGAACGACGAGGGCCAGUACUUCCAGAACUACGUGAACGCGAUUGAUGUUAUGUUCUCGUUGCUGCUGGUCAAUACGUUUGCCUGGUUGUAUAAUCAACAGGAGCAGCUCUACGUGUCGCUCUUCGCCGAGGUGUCGGUCGCCAAAGCAUUACUCGAACAGAUCGCCUACGUCAGCCGCGGCCGGCCGGAGUACGCGGCCCAGCUUUUAGAAAAUGUGCGCCGCUACGUCGACGACGACCUGACGCGGCUCAGCGCCGAGCCCGUCACCGCGUUGUUGGGUGGCUCGCCGGCGAACUACGCGGACCCGCUCGAGCAGGUUCGCUGCCCGGCGUCGGAGAUCCCACCCGCACGCCAUCGCCGCGACCGUCCGGACCGCGUCGAGCGCAGGUCAUGUGGCUCACGUCCGUGGGCUCGCCGGGCGACGUCUACGAGACCGUGCGGAGCCUGCGCGAGGCGCGCGGGCAGCGCCUCGGCGCGUUGCAACGGAAGCUCCCCGCGGCGCAUUUUGGAUUGUUGGCGGUGCUUGGGGUGCUCGUGCUGGCCAUCUUUCCUUUGUUAGCCGCGGCGACGGGCGCCGCGGUCGCGCCGGAGGACGGGCUGCUGCGCGUGCAAGCGGUGCUGUUCGGGCUGAUGACGUUCGCGAUCGCUGUGACCCUCGCUGUGCUGUACGCGUUCUGGAUGCCAGCGGGCUCGGCCUACAACGUCGACGCCGUGCUCGAGGUGAUGAUCGACGGCCUGCGGGCCGAGAUCGACGAGCGCGAACGGGCGGUGGACGACGCGUUCGCGGGGCGGGGCGAUGAUGCGCGACCGGGUAAUCCUUCCUAGAUUGGUAAUCGAAGUAGCGACUCGCUCGCGCGGCCGCGGCCGCGCCGGCUAGGUUUUGCUCCAGCCUCCACCAAUCUGCAAUUGCGGCAUAAAACACACUCGUGCGACGACCGCGCGCAAAUCACACGUUAAAGGGGUUCUCGUCACACGCCACACCACGGUCGCGCGGCGAUCUCGGCUCGCCAUUGCAUGCCUACCAGAGAAAAACCACCUGGCUGGCCAGAGAUCCUCUGCACGCGCGCCGUUGCGGCCGCGGGCCGCGGCUCGACGCAGUAAACCGCGCGCCGCGGGCGCUUCACUGACAGAGACACAGAAAGUUUGUUGCCGGGACGCGCGCGUAACCGUUGCGCGGAAACCGGCCCGCGCCCCGCAGACAACUCAACCAUGGGCAAAACUGACAUCAAGGUCAAGAUCAAGAAGCGCGCGCCAGCGUAGACGAUGAUAUUCAGCACGAAACCGUGAACAUUUCCGCAGGUGCACGCACCUCGAGGGCUCCUCGAUGCUCCCUUGGAAAUUUCCUUCAGCGGUAUCGCGGGCGCCCGCCGCCGCGCCGCGCGCGCGGCCCCCAUGGUCGGUUUCGUCGUGUCGGCUGUCCAUGAGCGGUCUGCCCGCGCGUGACAGGCCCGCGCGGCGCUCAGCCGACGGAGUUUUGGGACAUCUUCCAAAAGAAACAUGCAGCGCUCGCAAUUUGUAGACGGAAGAGGACAGCUCUUGCGACGCGCGGCCAUUUUGACAAGGUCAGGGGCGCCGAAACUCACGAGGAUGGGGUCUGUAGGAGCUUAAAAGAUUUUUUUGGCAAAUGAGAGCCG